GGGCGGGGCCAGGGGCGGGGCCGCGCGUCCUCUCCGGCCAGCCUUGACCGCCGCGGCUCAGUCCGCCCUCCGCGCCCGCGCCGCCAGCAUGACCGACGCGCUGCUGCCUGCGACCCCCCAGCCGCUGGAGAAGGAGAACGAUGGCUACUUUCGUAAGGGCUGUAAUCCCCUUGCACAAACUGGCCGGAGUAAAUUGCAGAACCAAAGAGCUGCUUUGAAUCAGCAGAUCCUGAAAGCCGUGCGGAUGAGGACAGGAGCGGAAAACCUUCUGAAAGUGGCCACAAACCCGAAGGUGCGGGAGCAAGCGCGGCUGGAGCUGAGCUUCGUCAACUCAGACCUGCAGAUCCUCAAGGAAGAGCUGGAGGGGCUGAACAUCUCAUUAGGGGUCUAUCAGAACACAGAGGAGGCAUUUACGAUUCCCCUGAUUCCUCUUGGCCUGAAGGAAACGAAAGACGUUGACUUUUCAGUUGUCCUCAAGGAUUUUAUCCUGGAGCAUUACAGUGAAGAUGGCUAUUUAUAUGAAGAUGAAAUCGCAGAUCUUAUGGAUCUGAGACAAGCUUGUCGGACGCCCAGCCGGGAUGAGGCUGGGGUGGAACUGCUGAUGACAUACUUCAUGCAGCUGGGCUUCGUGGAGAGUCGAUUCUUCCCACCCACGCGGCAGAUGGGACUCCUGUUCACCUGGUACGACUCCCUCACUGGGGUUCCUGUCAGCCAGCAGAACCUGCUGCUGGAGAAGGCCAGUGUCCUCUUCAACACUGGGGCCCUCUAUACCCAGAUUGGGACCCGGUGCAAUCGGCAGACGCAGGCUGGGCUGGAGAGUGCCAUAGACGCCUUUCAGAGAGCCGCAGGGGUUUUAAACUACCUGAAAGAGACAUUUACCCAUACUCCAAGUUACGACAUGAGUCCUGCCAUGCUCAGUGUGCUUGUCAAAAUGAUGCUUGCGCAAGCCCAAGAAAGCGUGUUUGAGAAAAUCAGCCUUCCCGGGAUCCGGAAUGAGUUCUUCAUGUUGGUGAAGGUGGCUCAGGAGGCUGCCAAGAUGGGAGAGGUCUACCAGCAGCUGCAUGCAGCCAUGAGCCAAGCACCGGUGAAAGAGAACAUCCCCUACUCCUGGGCCAGCCUGGCCUGUGUGAAGGCCCACCACUACGCAGCCCUGGCCCACUACUUCACUGCCAUCCUUCUCAUCGACCACCAGGUGAAGCCAGGCACAGACGUAGACCACCAGGAGAAGUGCCUGUACCAGCUCUACGACCGCAUGCCGGAGGGCCUGACACCCUUGGCCACACUGAAGAAUGGGCAGCAGCGCCGACAGCUGGGGAAGUCCCAUCUGCGCAGAGCCCUGACGCAUCACGAGGAGUCGGUGCGGGAGGCCAGCCUGUGCAAGAAGCUGCGGAGCAUCGAGGUGCUGCAGAAAGUGCUGUCUGCGGCACAGGAACGCUCUCGGCUCACAUACGCCCAGCACCAGGAGGACGAUGACCUGCUGAACCUGAUCAACGCCCCCGACGUUGUUGCUAAAACUGAGCAAGAGGUUGAAAUUAUAUUGCCCCAGUUCUCCAAGCUGACAGUCACAGACUUCUUCCAGAAGCUGGGCCCCUUAUCUGUGUUUUCGGCUAAUAAGCGGUGGACGCCUCCUCGAAGCAUCCGCUUCACUGCAGAAGAAGGGGACUUGGGGUUCACCUUGAGAGGGAACGCCCCCGUUCAGGUUCACUUCCUGGAUCCUUACUGCUCUGCUGCGGUGGCGGGAGCCCGGGAAGGAGAUUAUAUUGUCUCCAUUCAGCUUGUGGAUUGUAAGUGGCUGACGGUGAGCGAGGUUAUGAAGCUGCUGAAGAGCUUUGGUCAAGAUGAGAUUGAGAUGAAAGUCGUGAGCCUUCUGGACUCCACAUCAUCCAUGCAUAAUAAGUGCGCCACGUACUCUGUGGGAAUGCAGAAAACCUACUCCAUGAUCUGCUUAGCCAUUGAGGAUGACGACAAAACUGAUAAAACCAAGAAAAUCUCCAAGAAGCUUUCCUUCCUGAGCUGGGGCACCAACAAGAACAGACAGAAGUCAGCCAGCACCUUGUGCCUCCCGUCGGUCGGGGUUGCCCGGCCUCAGAUCAAGAAGAAGCUGCCCUCCCCCUUCAGCCUUCUCAACUCAGACAGUUCUUUGUACUAACAUGAGGAAACAAACAUGCUCAGGCCCCGAACAUUUCCGGUGCUGACUCAGCCUUAAACGUUUGUGCCAUAAUGGAAAAUCUCUCUCUGUUCUCAAAUACCUGUUUUUCUCAUAGUAUAAACUCUCGUUCGAUGUGUUUUUAUGAAGGAAAGUUACAAGAAACCUCUAGGAAUUUGUGAAAAAAGAACUUUUUUUAAGACAUGUCGCUGUACUGCUACAAGUUAUUUAUUAUAUAUUGUAAAUAGACUAGUGUCGAAGAUAUGAAAUAUGGCUAUUUUUAAUGGUGACAGUUAUGACUUUUGCCACUAUUAGAGUUAAAUUGGGGUUACCUAUAUUAGUACAAUUUUUAGUUUUUUCUAGGUUUGGCUAAUAAUCAUUCCUUAAACUAGAAUUCAAAUGACCCUGGAAUUAAGGCAGUUCAAAGGAUUAUAAUGAUCGAAUUGAAUUUGUGUCACUAAAAACUGUUCCAAAGUGCUGCUUCCUAGUAGGAAUUCAUUAACCUAAAACAAGAUGUUACUUUUUUUUUGAGACAGAGUCUCGCUCUGUCACCCAGGCUGGAGUGCAAUGGUGCGAUCUCAGCUCACUGCAACCUCCGCCUCCCAGGUUCAAGUGAUUCUCCUGCCUCAGCCUCCUGAGUAGCUAGGACUACAGGCACAUGCCACCACAAUCGGCUAAUUUUUUGUAUUUUUAGUAGAGACAGGGUUUCACCAGGUUGGCCAGGAUGGUCUCGAUCUUCUGACCUCAUGAUCUGCCUGCCUCGGCCUCCCAAAGUGCUGGGAUUACAGGCAUGAGCCACCACGCCCGGCCUAAGAUGUGACUAUUAUAUCAAUGUAAUAUGAAUGCUAUUUCUAGAAAAAGUCUAGUGCCAAAUUUGUCUUAUUAUAUAAAAACAACCUAGGAGCAGCUUUUCUUCUAGUUGGAGGUCAGUUAAGAAUUGCUAACACAGUGGCAGUGUUAGAUGAAGACGCUUAUCUACAAGGUAGAUAAUAUACUGUUCGAUACGCUAAACAUUUUUCAUUUUUAAAGUAGAAGCUACAUAAUUAGAUAUUUUAAGUCUUGGGUAAAAAGGUAGUUUUACAUUUUACAAGGUAAAGAUGUAAAUAAUUCAAGUUUAAAGUUCUAUUUGACUUUUUUUUGUUUUUGUGUUGGCUUUGUUGCCCAGGCUGAAGUGCAGUGGCGUGAUCUUGGCUCACUGCAACCUCUACCCCUUGGGAUCAAGCAAUUCUCCUGCCUUAGCUUCCUGAGUCACUGGGACUGCAGGUGCCCGCUACCAUGCCUGGCUAAUUUUUAUAUUUUUAGUACAGGCAGGGUUUCACCAUGUUGGCCAGGCUAGUCCCAAACUUCUGACCUCAAAUGAUCUACCCACCUCAGCCUCCCAAAGUGCUGGGAUUACAGGCAUGAGCCACUAUGCCCAGCCCUCUAUUUUACUUUUUUUUUUUUUGAGACAGAGUUUUGCUCUUGUUGCCCAGUCUGGAGUGCAAUGGCAAGAUCUUUGUUCACUGCAACUUCCGCCAGGUUCAAGUGAUUCUUCUGCCUCAGCCUCCCAAGUAGCUGGGAUUACAGGCAUGCACCACCGCUUCCGGCUAAUUUUGUAUUUUUAGUAGAGACAGGGUUUCUCCAUAUUGGUCAGUCUGGUCUCGAACUCCUGACCUCAGGUGAUCCACCCGCCUUGGCCUCCCAAAGUGUUGGGAUUACAGGUGUGAGCCACCGCCCCCAGCCCUAUUUUACUUUUUAAAAUUACAUUCCUGCCUAUUUUUAUCUUGCUAUGAGUUGGAUGACACCGUGAAUCUAAUAAGGUUCACUGUUGACACAGUACACGUUACAUAGCUAAAAUACGUCGUCUAAUUUUAAGGAUAACUAUUUUCUGUUGGGCAAUAUCUUAAAGGAAGCAACCAUCUUUGGGAAAGUGUAUCUGCUGCUCUUAGGGCCAUGUUUGUAUAAAUAUUUAAAUAAACAUAGUCAUUUGUGUGAGUGAA